AUGUCUGCUAGUAAUACCUCUCCAGAUGCCGCUAUGGCAUUAACAAAACGAAAAAAGCGACAUAGAAAUAAAAAGAAGUCGUCGUCUGUAAAUCAUAAUAAUAAAACGACAAUCGUCUCCACUUCACCACUCCAGGAAGAAUCAACGAACAUUGAACCUGCACAACCCUUUUCAUCGAAAGAUUUAACUUCAGAUGUACCUCAACGAUUAGUGAACGAAGAAGAUAGAUCCAAUGUUAUUGAUACAAUAAAUGAAGCAAUGCCAAUAUCUAUUACAACGAACGAACACUUACCUCAAAUCUCAACUACUUCUGCUUGUAAUAUAGAAACGACGGACGCCAAUAUUACUAAUAUUAAUGAAUUCAAGGAGAUCGACAUUUUAACUGAAAAGACAAAUGCCAUUGAAAAUUCAGUUUUAUCGACCGAAAAUAUACCUUUAUCAUCAAUAAGUUCAAUAUUCUCAAAUAUUAAUCUUGAUUUAAUUUCUUUAAAUAAUACAUCAAACUCGUCAUUGAAACCAACAAUACCGUCCACAUCAUUAUCAUCAUCUGUUCAACAAGCAUCAAAAAAACAAAAUCAGGAACAACAACAGAAACUACAACGAGUAGUUGCUGUAAAAUCUGAAAGUCAGACUUCGGAAGCUGGCUCAUUGGAUGCCACAGAAUCAACUGAUCGUUUAGAAAGUGUUACUUUAGCACAACCAUCAAAAGCACAAGUACGCGCUGAACGGAGAGCGAUACAAGACGCACAACGAGCUGCAAAACAGUCUAAACAACCAGCUAAGCCAGAUCAACAAUCGUCAGUUGGAAAGAAAGUACCAUCCGAUUCAUCAAAUAACAUGAUGAAUCGAAAUGAAUCAGAUAAUUUGACUACGCCACCAGCGACCACAACAUCAAAUAAAGAUCAGUUAACGCCAGUUUUACCGGUAAUUAACACCCGAUCCGUAUCAGAAGCUGAUGAGGCAACAUUUGGUCAGAAUCAGGAACAACAACAGAAACUACAACGAGUAGUUGCUGUAAAAUCUGAAAGUCAGACUUCGGAAGCUGGCUCAUUGGAUGCCACAGAAUCAACUGAUCGUUUAGAAAGUGUUACUUUAGCACAACCAUCAAAAGCACAAGUACGCGCUGAACGGAGAGCGAUACAAGACGCACAACGAGCUGCAAAACAGUCUAAACAACCAGCUAAGCCAGAUCAACAAUCGUCAGUUUUACCGGUAGUUAAGAACCGACCCGUAUCAGAAUCUGACGAGACAGCAUCUGGACGACCGAAGUAUAUAAGAACCGAUUCAAUCAAGCCUUCUCCCCAGCAACAUCCACAGCAAUUGCAACAUCAGCAGCAGCAACAGUCGCAACAAACAAAGUCAGUCAAUAUGGAAGAACGUAUUACUCUAUUUGAACAUCUGAAAAUAUUUGAAGGAAACGUCGAUUUAUUAACAUUGACACCUGAGUCAAGACGCAUUCAUCCUGCAAUAAUCAAAUUGGGUUUACAGUUCGCCACUGGGCAAAUAGCUGGCUCGAAUCUUCGUUGUGUAUCAUUUCUAGUGGCAUUACAACAGAUGUUAGAAGAUUACGAAGGACCUCCAAGUGGUGUACCCUGUCCACGCGAUUUAGAAGAAAGAUUGAAGACAUGUAUUAAAUUUCUGACUAAAUGCCGCCCAAACGCAGUUAGUAUGGGCAGUGCUAUCCGUUACAUAAAAGCUCAUAUAACAAAACUAGAUAGAAAUAUCUCUCAUCAAGAAGCAAAAGAAGUAUUAACUGAUGUCAUAAUUCGUUUUGUACGUGAAAAAAUAUAUUUAUCCGGUGAAGUUAUAGCACGUACAUAUGCCAUUACAAAAAUCGCUGAUAAAGAUGUUAUUCUUAUAUUUGGAUAUUCGUCCCUGAUAAUGAGGAUAUUAGAAGAAGCUGUGGAUAAAAAAAUUGACUUUCGUGUUAUUAUUGUUGAUGCUCGCCCUCAAGAACGUGGAUUAGAAUCAGCACGUCGUUUAUUAUCACUGAAUGUGAAAUGUACAUAUGUGUUAAUUAGUGCUGUACCAUUUAUUAUAUCUGAAGUCAGCAAAGUAUUGUUGGGUGCUCAUGGCCUGUUAGGAAAUGGGUAUGUAAUGAGCCAAGUGGGAACAGGACAAAUAUCAUUAAUAGCCAAAACUCAUAAUGUUCCUGUAUUAGUGUGUUGUGAAACAUAUAAAUUUUGCGAACGUGUACAAACAGAUAGUUUUGUUUAUAACGAAUUAGGUAAUCCACAUAAUUUAAUAAAACCACAUCCACAGUUGUGGGAUGCAGUACAGCGUUGUCCGAAUCUUGGCGUAUUGAAUAUGACCUAUGAUGUGACGCCACCAACAUUUAUUAGUGCAGUCAUUACUGAACUAGGUAUUUUACCAUGUACAUCUGUGGCUGUUAUUAUUAGAAUGCAAAAUAAAGAAUUAGACGAUUUGAGACAAGAACAAUUCGGAAUAACACAGUUCUUUAUGCCUCCACAAUUUAAUAUUGAUGAAUUUACACGGUUGAGUAAAGUUGGAGAAGGUGAGGAACAAAGAACAUACGGUAUUGUUUAUAAAGUCUGUCAUAUUCCCACAAAUCAGAUUUAUGCAUUGAAAAAAAUUCGGUUGGAAGGUGAAGAUGAUGGUGUGCCUGCAACAGCUAUACGUGAAAUAUCAAUAUUAAAAGAACUAAGACAUCAAAAUAUUGUACAACUACGCGAUGUUAUAUUAACCGAUGCACGUCUAUAUUUAAUAUUUGAAUAUUUAGCGAUGGAUUUGAAAAAAUAUAUGGACUGUCUGGGUACUGAAGAAAUGGAUCCUAAUUUAAUUAAAAUGAUCGAUGCAUUGUUGUUUUGUCAUUGUCGGCGUAUUAUUCAUCGAGAUUUGAAACCACAAAACCUUUUAGUUGACGGAAAAGGAAUUAUUAAAUUGGCUGAUUUUGGAUUAGCUCGUGCAUUCAGUGUUCCAUUAAGAAUCUAUACACAUGAAGUGGUCACGUUAUGGUAUCGUGCUCCUGAAGUUUUAUUAGGUGCUGCACGUUAUUCAUGUCCAGUUGAUGUUUGGUCAAUCGGUUGUAUCUUUGCUGAAAUGUAUACAAAACGUCCAUUAUUUCAUGGUGAUUCAGAAAUCGAUCAGUUAUUCCGAAUAUUCAGAACACUGGGUACGCCAUCGGAUGAAGUAUGGCCUGGUGUUGUUAGCUUACCCGAAUUUAAAAGUACGUUCCCACGAUGGAAGAAUAAUGAAUUAGUAACAUUAUUGAAAGAUCGUAUGAACACUGACGCCUUAGAUCUUUUAUUGAAAAUGUUAGUUUAUGAUCCUGUUCGACGCGUAUCAGCCAAACAAUCAUUGCAGCAUCCCUAUUUUACGCAUUUUGAUCCGAAAGUAUUAGCAUUACCUACGAUAGUUACAAUUCCAGUGGUUAAAGAUGAAUGA